ACGCGACGCGUCUGCCGAACCGUUUAAAGAACGCCGAGCUGGGUGUCUAAAAAUUAUUAAAACAUUUCCAAUUCGAAACACCCAACGCUAAAGACUGAAAGCCGAAAUAAAAACUAAUCAAAUCCAUAAUUCUGAAAAGUAAAACGGGUAUAGUAGCAGUUUAAGCGUUAAAUUAAAUCCUUCAAGUCGCGAGUUCUUACCUACUUACCUUUUUUUUUGAAUAAUUAACUAACCAAAAUAAGCGAAACCCGCAUAAUUAGCAGGCAAACAAGUAAAAAACCCCGAGACUGAGUACAAAAUCAAAAAAAGAUAAAUACAAAUCAGCCAAAGAGGCGCACACAAACAAGCCGAACGGAAGCUGUCCGUUUGUGUGUAGUUGUGUGUGUGUGUGUGUGUGUGAGGUCCUCAGGAAGUGGGGAACAUCAUCAUCAGCAUCUUCAUAUCCUUCGUGGUCGCCGCUGCUGUCGUCAUCGUUGUCACAACUCGGCAUAAAUAUUUAUGUUGACGAAUCUACCUGCGGCAUAGCGUCGCUAAUGAAGCGGGCAAAAUGAAAAUGAAAGGACAUAAUUAUGCUUAUGUUUUACGUGUUAAGUGCUUGGCAAGCACGAUUAAGGCGCUUUAUCACCCGCAACAACGGCAGCAACACGAACGACAAGCACGCCAGCAACAGCAGCAGCACCACCAGCAACACCACCAACGGCAGCAGCAACAGAGUCAACAGCAACAGCUGCGACAGCAGCAACAUCAGCAGCAGCAGCAGUAGCAGCAACACAUCGCGCUGUAGUCACACACAUUGACACGCCCCCAAUCCAGAUAUACACAUAUACAUAUAUAUAUACUGUCGGAUAUAUACACACGAGAUGCUGAAAACUGUGACAACAGCAAUGGCCGCCGCCGAUGACAAUGUCCCAGCGAGCAUUUUGGAAAUAGAACUGCCAGCCAUUUUGCUCAACGAGAGCCUCUUCAUCGAGCUGAAUGGCAAUCUCACCCAGCUGGUGGACACGACCAGCAAUCUCAGCCAAAUUAUCUGGAAUCGCAGCGAAAACGGUUAUGGCAACAGCAACAUUCUCGACAUGGACGCAGAGCAGAGGGCGGCGGUCGAGUUCUGGCUACUGGUCAAAAUGAUCGCCAUGGCCGUCGUCCUGGGACUCAUGAUACUCGUCACCAUUAUAGGCAACGUUUUCGUAAUUGCCGCCAUUAUACUCGAGAGAAACUUGCAGAAUGUUGCCAAUUAUUUGGUUGCAUCUCUGGCAGUGGCUGAUUUAUUUGUUGCCUGUCUUGUGAUGCCACUCGGCGCCGUCUACGAGAUAAGUAAUGGAUGGAUAUUGGGACCGGAACUGUGCGACAUUUGGACGUCUUGCGAUGUCCUCUGCUGCACGGCAUCCAUUCUGCACCUGGUGGCCAUUGCGGCGGACAGAUAUUGGACCGUGACCAAUAUCGACUACAACAACCUGCGGACGCCGCGUCGCGUCUUCCUUAUGAUUUUCUGCGUCUGGUUUGCGGCACUGAUUGUUUCCUUGGCCCCGCAAUUUGGCUGGAAGGAUCCGGAUUACAUGAAGCGCAUUGAGGAGCAGCACUGCAUGGUGUCGCAGGAUGUGGGCUAUCAGAUAUUUGCCACUUGUUGCACUUUCUAUGUUCCGCUGCUGGUUAUCCUGUUUCUGUACUGGAAAAUCUACAUAAUUGCCAGGAAGCGCAUACAGCGGCGCGCCCAGAAGUCCUUUAAUGUCACACUAACGGAGACCGACUGCGAUUCCACGGUGCGGGAGCUGAAGAAGGAGCGCGGCAAGCGGCGGGCGGAGCGGAAGCGCCAGGAGGCGGGGGAGCGGACGCCGGUGGGCGGGGAGGCGGACUCGCAGCUGCAGCGGCGUCCUCGCAAGCGGAUUCGCAUAUGUUUUGGCCGCAACACGAACACGGCCAACAUCACGGCGGGAUCCGAGGGAGCGGUGGCCAGAUCGAUGGCCGCCAUUGCCGUGGACUUUGCCAGCUUGGCCAUUACGCGGGAGGAGACCGAGUUCAGCACCAGCAACUACGACAACAAAAGUCACGCCGGCACCGAACUCACCACCGUAUCCAGCGAUGCGGACGAUUACCGCACCAGCAACGCGAAUGAAAUCAUCACGUUGUCGCAGCAGGUGGCCCAUGCCACGCAGCACCAUCUGAUAGCCUCGCAUCUGAACGCCAUAACGCCGCUGGCCCAGUCCAUCGCCAUGGGCGGUGCUGGCUGCCUGACAACGACCUCGCCCCCGGGAGGCGGAGUGGGCGGCGGUGGUGAGGGCGAGGGGGCAGGCGGAGCCGAAGCCGGAACGGAGGGCAGCAGUCCGGGGAAGAACGCCGGAGUGGGCCUGGGCGGAGUGCUGGCCAGCAUCGCCAAUCCGCACCAGAAGCUGGCCAAGAGGCGACAGCUACUGGAGGCCAAGAGGGAGAGGAAGGCGGCCCAGACACUGGCCAUCAUCACCGGCGCCUUCGUCAUCUGCUGGCUGCCAUUCUUCGUGAUGGCCCUCACAAUGAGCCUGUGCAAGGAGUGCGAGAUCCACACGGCGGUGGCAUCGCUCUUCCUCUGGCUGGGCUACUUCAACUCGACCUUAAAUCCGGUCAUCUACACCAUCUUCAAUCCAGAAUUUCGACGGGCCUUCAAGAGGAUUCUCUUUGGUCGAAAGGCUGCGGCCAGAGCACGCAGUGCGAAAAUUUGAUUUCAACUGAAGGAUAACGAGGACCAGUAUUUGUAAUUAAGGUCAGGCGGAGAAGAAGCCAAGGACAGUAUCGACUGGAACGCAAUACGCUACGGAAUUGGCAUUGUAUAAGAUGUAAUUAGCAAGUAGAGACGAUGUUCUAGCAGUGACAAUCCGAAUUAGAUGUAACUAAAUAACUAAAAUUCCUCACCACACACACGUGCCCCAAAAAGACAAAACCCGAAAAAAACAAAAGCAAAUUGAAACCGAAACCAAUCGAGUAAAUGAAACUUGGAAUUAUGGUAGCUGAUACUCACUAAUUAUGUAAGUUAAGCGUAUGUAAUUUAUAUAUAUUUCUAAAGUCUUCCCUGUGUCUUAAAGAAACCCGAGAGUAGUACGUGUAGAAAUCCUAGAUACCUAAGUAAGUUGGCAGAAUAGUGAUCUGAGAUCGAAAAUAAUCGGUUAUAGGCUGGGUCCAAAGAACUUCUUACGCUUUCAUACUCUGUGUUAGUUAAACGUGUUUAGUUAUAGCCUAAGCUGCGAAAUGCUCAAUUAUUUCAAUUGGAUAAGUACAUUUACAUAAAAGUCAAUAUCAGAAAAAUUAACGAAUUUACACUGCAAAACUCAUGACGACACUUAAAUCCCAAAAAUGUUGCAUAACAUCACGUCACGGCUAAUUAGGCAAGUACACCCAACUUUAUUCAGCAAAAUUAGCAUAAAUUCAAAACCGAAAGUUCAACUUUUGUUGCUAAUAUUCCGCACACAUACAGACACCACUGGAAAAACCAGGAAACCGCAACAAAAAGUUUAAGCCAUGAUACAUGAUAUGCAGUUAUAUGCUACACGCAUUCGUACCUAGCCGUAUAUAUAUAGUAUAGUAUAUUUCUUGUAAAUAAACGGACUUACAGUUUUAGCAGAUAGUGAACCAACCAAAACCUACAACCACAACAAGAGCAACAACCACUCCAAGAACAACUAUAUAUAUACAUGUGGGUCUGUACGAAAGGGCCAUUAAGUCAAUGCUGCAGUUGAAACCUAAUACGCUUCGGUAUGCACAUAUAUGCGUACAUAUGUCUAUCUUGAUA